CCAUCUCGUUGUGUGACCCGGAAGUAGUUACAUUUGUCGGGCAUUCUGGGAAGGCGGAAAAAGCUCAAAAGCGUUUGUGAAAUCGACGUCUGCACGUUGCCGCAGUGUAGAAGACUAUCCCAAAAAACAAAGAAAACUCUUCCAAAUACGUAAACCAGGACCGACAACAUGUCUAUCGGCGUGCCUAUCAAGGUUCUCCAUGAAGCGGAGGGACACAUCGUGACCUGUGAGACGAACACUGGGGAGGUGUACAGGGGCAAGCUCAUUGAAGCCGAAGACAACAUGAACUGCCAAAUGUCCAACAUCACUGUGACCUACCGCGAUGGGAGAGUAGCCCAGCUGGAGCAGGUCUACAUCCGUGGGAGCAAGAUCCGCUUUCUCAUCCUACCAGACAUGUUAAAGAAUGCACCCAUGUUAAAGAGCAUGAAGAACAAGAACCAGGGAUCAGGGGCCGGGAGGGGCAAGGCGGCCAUUCUCAAAGCUCAAGUGGCGGCCAGAGGUCGGGGUCGUGGAGGAAUGGGAAGAGGCAACAUCUUCCAGAAAAGGCGAUAACUGCUGCAGAGGUCAACUGAGGAGUUUUGCAUUGUACAGACGUUUCUUUUGUUGUCCUUCGACGUUGGAAACAAUUGUCAUACAUUUGUGUUUUCUUUGUCAAUGUAACAAAGUGCUUUGCAGUUUUCUGCAUUUUUUUUCUUUCUUUUUUUUUAAAUAAAACGCUUUUAACUUGUA